UAUUAUAACCCGUGCGUAUUAACUAGAUACCUGGCUACCAAACAUACAUACAAAUACAGUACAAACACCAUUCGAGCUGGGUGUCAAGUUAAAUUGCACGAGCUGUAAAUUGUUCAUUAAAUUUAUUUAAUCUAAACCGCUGAAAUCGCUGUCGCGGGCGUCCGCUAGUUUAUAAUAUAUUAAUAGUAAGCUUUAUUCGGGAUUAUUCAGAGAAACAAUAAUUAUUAUCCACAAACCAGUCAAGGUAUACCUACAUCUGUGGUAAUAAAAGGCUGUUAUGUUAAGUACGUCAGUUAUUUCGCAUCUUUUGUAAGGACAGCUGGUUGCAGUUUCAUUCCACGUUUAAUUAUGUUGGCCUUCCUGCUGAUAGCUGUGCUGGCGCUGACUUACAUCGUCAGCACUGUUGUGAAACCCAAGAACUAUCCACCGGGUCCAAGAUGGUAUCCAUUUUUUGGCUGCAAUGGCAUUAUAAGCAGUAGGAUGGGCAAACAUGGCUCGCAAUGGAAAGUGUUGUCGGAGAUGGCAAAGGAAUACUCUACGAACGUGCUCGGCUUGAAACUCGGCAGUGAACUAGUCGUGGUUGUCUACGGCAUGAAGAACAUACGACACGUUGCCACUGAGAAAGAAUUCGACGCACGACCUGACAGCUUCUUUUUAAGACUGAGGACAUUUGGGAAACGUACAGGACUAACAUUUGUUGACGGUCCAGUAUGGAAGGAGCACAGACCUUUCACUUUAAAAAUUUUAAGGAACUUUGGUUUUGGAAAACGAGCUAUGGACGUUGAAAUCCAAGUACAGCUCUCCCAGGUUUUGGAACGUUUGGAUAACUGCAAAGGGACGCCUAUCAACAUCAGGAUGUUUACCGCCAUGGCUAUGUUGAACGUGAUAUGGAUGUACGUCGCAGGUCAGGUUAAUUUGUUCUCAGGUGAACAUCUAGAAGAAAGUACAAUGAAAAAGUUACUAAACUCAAUAAGUCAGAGGACAAAGGCUUUCACGAUGGCAGGCGGUUACCUUAACCAGUGGCCGUGGUUGAGAUUUAUCUUUCCAACAUGGAGUGGUUAUUCGAUCUUACAGAAGCUUAAUAGUCAGAUGUUAAAUAUUAUCCGGGAGGCUGUAAUUAAACACAAGAACAAUAACGUAACAGGAAACGACUUAAUUAACUCAUUCUUAGAAGAGAUGUUCUUAAAUAAGGAAUUUUACACGGACGAUCAACUUAAUGGCAUUUGUCUGGACUUCCUCCUCGCGAGCUCCAGCACUGGAAGUAGUGUCCUGGACUUCGCCAUCAUCAUGCUCCUCCGUCACCCGGAAAAGCAGCAAAAGGUGUAUGAGGAGAUAAAACAAGUGUUGGGCGAACAUUUCCCGACUUGGGCGGACAGCGAAAAGCUCGUCUACACAUCUGCCUUCAUCUACGAAGUACAUAGAUGCUGUACAAUCGCUCCGUUCCCCGGUGGAAGACGAGCUUUAGCAGACGUCACUAUCGACGGGCAUGUUAUACCUAAAGGGACGACAGUGCUGCUGUCUCUAGGAGACUUGCACGUAGACUCGGACAUGUGGAUCGAGUCGGACAAGUUCAUGCCUGAGAGAUUUAUUGACGAAGCGGGACAAUUAAAGACGACGACAAAUGUGUAUCCAUUUGGUAUAGGCCGCAGACGGUGUCUAGGCGAACCUUUCGCCAAGGUGUUCAUAUUUAUAAUGCUUGCGGGCAUUGUUCAGAAAUAUAAGAUAGUAUGCUGCGGACCACCUCCAUCGGCCGUACCAGUAAUAGGCGUACUAGCGGAACCCCGGUAUUUCACCGCUGAGUUCGUGAAACGACUGAUAAAAAAACUUCUCCCUCGAUACGCGAGGAACCAAAUGAUCGCAAGAGACUUCCGUAUAGAGGACCUAGACUCGGUCAUAAUCAAUCAAGCGAUCGGAGUCUACGUCAGAUCCGAGACGGCGCAACACCCGCACAUCCGUGACAUGCACGCACGCCCGCCCGAUCGACUGGCUCCCCCACCGGACAUACUUCAAGAAUGUUCAGAGUGCGUACACCGCACGCAGGAGGCGAAUGCCUCGGACGUGCUUCCCCCCGGGCCCAUGCAGGCCCGUGAGAAGGGUAACGGAGUACCUAUGAGAAUGCGACGCACGUCAGUUAUUUCGCGUCUCUUGCAUGGACCGUUGGCCUCAGAGUCAUUUACACAGGCACUGAUGUUGGCUUUCCUGCUGAUAGUUGUGCUGGCGCUGACCUACAUCGUCAGCACUGUUAUCAAACCCAAGAACUAUCCACCGGGUCCAAGAUGGUAUCCAUUCUUUGGAUGCAAUGGCAUAAUAAGCAGUAGGAUGAGCAAACAUGGCUCGCAAUGGAAAGUGUUGUCGGAGAUGGCAAAGGAAUACUCUACGAACGUGCUCGGCUUGAAACUCGGCAGUGAACUAGUCGUGGUUGUCUACGGCAUGAAGAACAUACGACACGUUGCCACCGAGAAGGAAUUCGAUGCGCGACCUGACAGCUUCUUCUUACGACUGAGGAGUUUGGGGAAACGCAUAGGAAUAACAUUUGUGGAUGGUCCUGUAUGGCGGGAGCACAGACCAUUUGCAUUAAAAAUUUUGAGAAAUUUCGGUUUCGGAAAAAAAACGAUGGAUUUCGAAAUUCAAUCGCAGCUAUCCCAGUUACUGGAACGCUUAGAAAACUGCAACGGGAGCUCUGUCAAUAUCAGAAAUUAUACUGCCAUGGCUUUGUUGAAUAUAGUAUGGAAGUACGUAGCAGGUGAGCACAUAGAAGAGGUUAAAAUGAAACAAGUACUAAACUUAAUGAGUGCGAGGAGCAAGGUGUUCACAAUGGCGGGCGGCUAUCUGAACCAGUGGCCGUGGUUGAGAUUUAUCCUACCCAGGUGGUGUGGCUAUUCAAUUAUAAUGAAGCUCAAUAGUCAGUUGUCAAGUAUCAUCCAGGAGUCUAUAAAAAGACACAAGGACAAUUUAGUCACUGGAGAUGAUUUAAUGAACUCAUUCUUUAAAGAAUCGUCCUUAAACAAGGAACUUUACACUGAGGACCAACUGAUAGGCAUAUGUCUCGACUUCCUCAUCGCAGGGUCGAAUACUGGAAGCAGCGCUCUGGACUUUGCCAUCAUCAUGCUUCUCCGACAUCCAGACAAACAACAGAAAGUAUAUGAAGAGAUAAAACAUGUGUUGGGCGAUAAGUUGCCGACUUGGGCGGACAGCGAAAAGCUCGUUUACACAUCUGCCUUCAUGUGCGAAGUAAAUAGAUGCUGUACAAUCGCUCCUUUCGCCGGUGGAAGACGAGCUUUAGCAGACGUCACUAUCGACGGGCAUGUUAUACCUAAAGGGACGACAGUGCUCCUGUCUCUAGGAGACUUGCACGUAGACUCGGACAUGUGGAUCGAGUCGGACAAGUUCAUGCCUGAGAGAUUUAUCGACGAAGCGGGACAAUUAAAGACGACGACAAAUGUGUAUCCAUUUGGUAUAGGUCGCAGACGGUGUUUUGGCGAACCUUUGGCGAAGGCGUUUAUGUUCAUAAUGUUUGCGGGAAUCGUUCAGAAAUAUAAGCUAGUGUGCAGUGGACCGACGCCAUCUGCCGUACCAAUAAUAGGUAUACUAGCCGAGCCCGUGUACUUCACCGCUCGGUACGUGAAGAGACACGACAUUGGAACAGAUUAAACAUAGGCAGACAAUGUUGUCCACUUACAGUACAGUAGAACCCGUUUAAUACGAUUUUGCAGGGACCCAACUAAUAACGCGUUUUAGACGGGAUAUGGGUGUGAUGGUGGGGGGAUGAUGUGUGUGUGGGGUGAAAAAUAUAACGACUAAUGUUAGUUAUAAAAAUUACCAAAUUACCAAAUAGGUGUCAAAACUUAUUAUGCUACUAAAAAAAUCGCUUAUUCUGGUAUGACAAAUAGAAUUUGAUGUAUUAGCAAUUACGAAAUUUUCAAUUAAAUUUUAUUUUUCCAGUGCGUCUUAAAAAUUUUCAAAAGGGGUAGUUUGCCGUUAGGGUCUUUCAGUUUUUUUAAGAUAUCAUGUAAUAGUCUUGUCCUGCAACAUUGUUUAAGGAGAUUUAUAAUGUUCUGAUACAUCUGUUGUAAUUUAUUUGUUGCAUUUGGAAUUACACGCGUGUGACAUGAAGGCGUAUUAAACGGGAUGACGAGUAGUAUUAAGGAAAUGUAUGAAAACAUGUCUAAAGUUGUAGAGACUGGUGUAAAAUGACGUAUUAUGCGAGAAAUUGUUUUAAGCGUGAUCGUCUUAGGCGGGUUCUACUGUAGUUAUUUACUAAACACACUUCUGCAGGCUGCUUCACUAUCUUUGACAAAUUGCUAGUUGACAUAUACGUAAUUGAGAUUAUAUGUCAUCCGGUGCGUACUGGUGGAUAUCAUACAGUAGGUAGAUGACAUUACUCAAUUGAUUUUAUGUGUAUUAAUAAUAAAGACCAAAAUAAUGAACAGGCCAGCUGAAGAACGUAACCUUUGUUAUAUUACGAUAAAGAUAUAUCAGUCUUAACAAAUUCGAGCUUUCAUGCAUAUGUUUUUCUUAACUUAUGACUAAGUAACGAGUAAAGAUUAGCGUGUGAUAUUAUCUAUUUGUACGUCUAUACUUCAGCCACAUUCGAUGAGCGCUGAACCUGUACCCAAGUGGCACGACAAUUCUCUUUCUACGAUCGCAAACGCUUCAAAACUGGAAAAAUGUAUGACAAUGAUAGAUCUUGAUCACGUGACCUGUCGAUAACAAAUGUCAUCACCAAACAUUUUUCUAGUUUACUAGAAAAAACAUCCUGAGGAAACCUGCGUACCAGAAAAUUUUUUUAAUUCUCUGCGUGUGUGAAGUCUGCCAAUCCGCAUUGGGCCAGCGUGGUGGACUAUUUGGUCUAAACCCUCUCAUUCUGAGAGGAGACUCGAGCUCAGCAGUGAGCCAAAUAUGGGUUGAUAAUGAUGAUGAUGAUGAAUUAAACUUAAUAAAAAAAAAUUAUAAAAAGAAACAAUUAAAAUUAAUAAGUUAUGAAAUGAAAUGCGUUUUCUACCUACAUAUCUAAUAUGUUUGUUGCUAAACAGUGGACAUCGAGAAUGGCUUUAGUAUAGGUUAUAAACUAACACCGUCAUCUACAAGUAUCUGGGUAUGUUGAGUUACCUACUGCGAAUGCGUAAUCUGCACCUGACCAAAUAAUGGACAUGUUUAAGUUUGUGUAGACCCUUCGAUAGAACUUUAAUACUACAUUAUGAUACAAGUGCGGUAGUUUGAAAAUUACAGCCGAGGCGAUAUUGCAGCUCGAGCCAAAGGCGAGAGCUAUAGUAAGAAAGCAGAGCCUGUAAUUAUCAAAGCGCACGAAUGUCAUACGACGUUUUAUAACACAUUUGCGAGGAAACACACUUUGAACACACUUUCUGAUAAUUAAUUUGCAUCUUUGCCUGUUUUCCAUAAGAUGACAUUUUGAUACGCUUGUCAUGUUUGCACAGAUAACGAAGUGCGCACACCAGCGUUUGUUUUUUUAGACAAAUGCACCAAAAACAGCCAGUAUUACUAAUAAAGUAACAUUUAUUUUAUAUGUAUAAAGGUUGCCGUUUAUUUUAUUCAAAAUUAUUACAUUCAAAAUUAUUUGCCAAGUAUUAAAGAAAUACCGUUCGUUUUUAGACGGAUGAUAAACGUCUUUAGGUUCGUCACAUGUGCAUUUUACUUUACAUUAAAGCACAGGUGCAUAAUGAGAUACAUUACGAUAUUGAAUUUGGUGAUUGAUAUAAGCGAUACUUUACGAGCAAAUGUGUUAUAAAGUUUAUUUAUUAACGAUGUUUUAAGAUAAGUUUCUACUAAUCUAAAUAUUUGGAAGCCGAAAAAACGAUGAAUGUUUCUUUUUACACCGAAGUAAAUAUGAUAAAGUGUGUGUCAGCUCCGACGCACGAAUGGAGUUUACUCUUUCAGAUUAACUGUCUAAAUAAGUGUAUGUUGCUCCGCAGCAUACACUAUGUACGUCUCAAUACCUACGCCUGAAAAGUGAAAGGUGCGCAGAAUAGGUUGCGCACAAAAAACGUAACGCUGUCAUUCGUUCAUCAAAUUUUACUGCCCAUAUUUUUUCAUACCGGGAGUUAUACCUAUAUGAAAAAUCGAUUCUUAAGGAGUAAACUCCAAAAAAAAUGGAGUUAGUAUAGAUUCGAAAUAAGUAUAGAUUCGAAAUCAUAUAACUUUCUGUACUUCAUAAACUAUUAAUUAUGUCAACAAGAAUAUAAUCAGAAUAAAGUUGAAAUUGAAAUAAAA